AGAAUCAUUCAAUUAUAUUAAUCUAUUUAAAUAAAAUAAUUAAGUAAAUAUUGUCAACUAAUUCCAGGUAAAUUUAGAUGGCUAUACACCAUAAUCACCUACUCUUCUUCCUCUACUUCUUCAUAUCAUAAAAUAUCAUCUCUAAUAUUCUCUUACGUAAAAAUUCCAAAACUUUCAAUAAUCAAAAUGAAAAACCCAAAUACCAUUUUCUUCAUCUUCAUCUUCAUCCUACUCACCUUUCAAUUUUCAGUUCUGGUUUUUUCCCAAGAUUCUUGCAACUCCAAACUCAACCUCAAAAGUCGUUUACCCUUUGAUGCAACUUCCCUUAACUGUCUCCCCAUUUGGAGUAAUGAAGAUUUCGUCCUCAGAUACGGACAGAGCGAGGCAAGUGGGAACAUAUGGAGCUUCGUUCUCUCUACACCGAAUCCGAAAUCGUUCGUGGCUAUGGGGUUUUCGACCACCGGAAGAAUGGUGGGUUCGAGCGCGAUCGUUGGAUGGGUUGAAUCGGACGGUACAGCGAUGAUGAAACGGUAUUAUUUGGGUGGAACUUCGCCGGCUCUGGUGGUGAAAGACCAAGGGAACGUGAGUUUGGUGGAGGGUUCUUCUUCGGUGGUGGUGGAAUCGUCGCGGUUUUACAUGAGUUUUCAAUUGGAUAUGGAUCAACCUUCGUCUCGACUGGUUUUCUCCGUCGGACCAAAUGGGUUUUCUCCGAUCGGACCUGAUUACCGGUUGAUGGAGCACCGGAACAAGAUCGCUACUUCCAUUAAUUAUUCAACUGGUGAAUCAGCAACAGAAAAAGCUCCACACCUAAAGCUAAGAAGAAGCCAUGGAAUAUUGAACAUGAUAGGUUGGGGAAUCUUGAUGAUGAUUGGAUCCAUGAUUGCUCGUUAUGGUAGAAAAUGGGAUCCUGCUUGGUUCUAUGCCCAUGCCACUUGUCAAGUUUUGGCUUUCACUUUGGGUCUUAUUGGUGUCAUUUGUGGUUUCCUCUUAGAUUCUCGUCUUGAUGUUAAUGUCUCUACUCACAAAGGCCUUGGCAUUUUCAUUUUGGUCUUAGGCUGCCUCCAGGUGGUGGCCAUUUUGGCUAGGCCAGAUAAAGCAUCUAAGGUUCGAAAGUAUUGGAAUUGGUAUCAUUACAUUGUAGGAAGGAUUUUGAUUAUUUUUGCCAUAUCAAAUGUUUUCUAUGGAAUCCAUUUGGGUGGUGAAGGAAAGGGUUGGACUGCUGCCUAUGCAGUUGUUCUUAGUGUUUUGUUUCUUUCUUCUGCUGUUUUUGAGUAUAAGUUGUUGACCACUAAAAAUUAAUUACAUUCUACUCUUCUCUUGUUGUCUACCCAUUAAUUAUUAUUGAUUUUUUUUGAACUUCUAUUUGUACUUAAAUAAUAAUGUUUAAUAUAUACACAUAAUUAUUCUCUUUUUGACACAAA